AUGAAUGGCAGCGAUGGCGAGCCCCUCAGUCCUUCCGAGGCGGAGGCGGCCCGCCAGGACCAGGGCGCCAUGGGCCCGUCGCUUUACCGUCUAAACUCGAAUCAGAGCUCGACCAGCGUCUUUGAAGAUGUGGAAAUGGCGCAUGACGAGCUGUACUCCGGUCCCAUGGCCGAGAGCCUACCCUCGAGCAUUGCUGCCUUCUCGCAUCGCCGAUCACGAGCCGAUUCGACUGCCAGCUUCGCAUACUACACGGAUAACGAUGAAGAACAGGACCGAGCUCAGGCUCAGGCUCCGGUCCGCCACCGCCGCGGCGACGACGACUCCCAGUCUAUCAGCCUCGAGGCCGAACGGCUUCUGGUUGGGUCAUACAGCUCGCACCAUUACGAAGAAGACCUUGAGUGGAACGGCGGCGCUGGUUCCGAGUUUGCGACGGAAGAGGAGGAUGACUCGGCUGAUCUCGAAAGUGCGGCCGAUCCCGAUGACUUCGUACUUCACCGCCGCUCUUCCACGCUAUCUCGGACGUCUACCCGUGCUGGCCUGCUGCGGCGCCGAAGCAGCGGAGCCUCGGUUGCUGCUAGUGAGUAUGGUAGCGGUCGCGUGAGUCAAAAGACGUACCUUGCCAACGAGGACCUGUACAUUGUCAUUGCAGGGUUCCGCACCAGCCGUGUUGGCAAGACGAUCUAUGCACUGCUCUGCGUACUCUCGUUCGGCCUCGCCUGGCUUUUGUUCCGGUGGAUUCCACGCUGGCACGUCCGCGUUGUUGGCCGCGCGUGCCCUCUUCGCGAGUGCACCUGGGUCGUGGUUGAGAACCAGUGGAACGAGAUGGCCAUUCUAGACGUCGAUGACACAGACUACAACCGGCCGCUAUCAACCAUAUUUGGUGCUUCACGCAAGACGGCCAGCGACGUUUACGAGGACGAGGAUCCCGACCCAUUGUUGAAAGACCUGCGUGGGCUCAACUAUCGCUAUGUGCGCCUGUAUUACCACCCCCAACGGGACAAGUUUGUGCUCUCGGCCGGCUGGAAGGACCCACUAUGGCAGGACGUUCGCGAGAUCCGUGCUGGUCUCGAUAGCGAUGAAAAGGGCUUUCGGACACAGGUCUUUGGGUCAAACUUGAUCGAUAUCGAGCAGAAGUCCGUCUUCAAGCUUCUUGUCGAUGAGGUUUUCCAUCCCUUCUAUGUAUUCCAGAUUGCCAGUUUGGUCCUCUGGUCCAUGGACGAGUACUAUUACUACGCAAUCGCCAUCUUCCUCAUGUCGUUUGGCAGCAUCACCACAACUCUCAUAGAGACUCGGUCUACCAUGCGCCGACUACGGGAAAUCUCACGCUUCGAAUGUGACGUGCGUGUCUUGCGCAAUGGAUUUUGGCGGACCGUGUCUUCAGGCGACCUUGUUCCCGGCGAUGUUUAUGAAGUCAGCGACCCGAGCCUUACGCAGUUCCCUAGCGAUAGCUUGCUGCUCAGCGGCGACUGCAUCGUCAACGAGAGCAUGCUCACGGGCGAAUCUGUCCCCGUGUCCAAGACGCCGGCCACCAACACGAGCAUACGACUGCUGGAUCUUGCCGCCCCGACCAUCUUACCUGAAGUUGCAAAGCACUUUUUGUUCUGCGGCACAAAAAUUGUCCGUUCCCGGAAACCUCAGGAUGCACGCGACGAGGAGGAGGCCGUGGCCCUUGCCAUGGUUCUCCGCACCGGCUUCAAUACGACCAAGGGAUCACUGGUGCGGUCCAUGCUGUUCCCGAAACCCUCUGGCUUCAAGUUUUAUCGAGAUUCGUUCCGUUAUAUCUCAGUGAUGGCUUGUGUUGCCUUGCUCGGUUUCAUUGCGUCGUUUAUUAACUUCGUCCGUCUUGGCCUGGCCUGGCAUCUCAUUGUUGUUCGUGCAUUGGAUUUGAUCACCAUUGUCGUGCCACCUGCCCUGCCGGCUACUCUCACCAUUGGUACAAACUUUGCCAUCAGUCGGCUCCGGGCCAAGAAGAUUUUCUGUAUCAGCCCACAGCGCGUCAAUGUCGGCGGAAAGCUAGAUAUCAUGUGCUUCGACAAGACGGGGACACUAACCGAGGACGGCCUGGACGUUCUGGGUGUUCGUGUGGUCGACCAUGCCGCCAAUCGUUUCGGCGAGGUGAUUUCGAAGCCGUCUCUGCUGGUGCCUGCCCGCCCUGCGCAGCAGAGUGCGAAACGGACGGCAAUUGCCACCUACGACGAUGCUCGCCGCGCUGCUCUCUUUACCAUGGCCACGUGCCACUCCUUGCGAUCAGUGGACGAUGAACUGGUCGGUGACCCUCUAGAUCUGAAAAUGUUUGAAUUUACAAACUGGACGUUUGACGAAGGUAACCAAAACGCUUCAAGAGAUCAGGACGACGAGGAGAACCAAGGUAGCCUUGCACCGGCUGUUGCUCGUCCCCCGCCCGAUGUUGUGUACGACCUGGACACCCGUCCCUCUGCGUCCAAUGGCAGAACCUCACUGGCAGCCACAGCAGCGACUGAGAAUCCUUUUGAGCUCGGUGUCGUGCGGUCGUUUGAGUUUGUCUCCCAGCUGCGCCGGGCCAGUGUCAUUGUGCGUAUCUACGGCCAGCCCAGUGGCGAUGUCUACGUCAAGGGUGCGCCGGAGUGCAUGCGGGAAAUCUGCCGGCCAGAGAGCCUGCCGGCCGACUACGAUGACUUGUUAGCAUCAUACACGCACAAGGGCUAUCGCGUGAUCGGCUGUGCCACAAAGCACAUUCCGAAGCUCAGCUGGGUUCGCGCGCAGAAGAUGAAGCGUCACGACGCCGAGUCCGAUCUGGACUUUGUGGGCUUCAUCGUCUUUGAGAACAAGCUGAAGCCGACGACGUCGGCCGUCUUGGAGAAGCUCAUCCAGUCCAACAUUGGCGCUGUCAUGGUGACUGGAGACAACAUCUUGACGGCCAUCAGCGUUGCCCGUGAAUGCAAACUUAUCAACAAGACAGCGCAUUGCUUUGUGCCCCGGUUUGUCCGAGGCAAUGCUCAAGACCCAACGUCAAAGCUCCAGUGGGAGAGCAUCGACAACAGCAUCUACCAGCUCGACGAGAAGACGCUUUUGCCUCUCCCUGCACCACCAGAAGGCGACGCAUCCCUGCCGUACGAUAUUUCCAAUCUGCGAAACUACUCCGUAGCCGUGAGCGGCGAUGUUUUCCGCUGGAUUGUCGACUACGCGCCGCCCGAGAUCCUCCACAGAAUGCUCAUCUGCGGCAAGGUCUUUGCUCGCAUGUCGCCUGAUGAGAAGCAUGAGCUGGUUGAGAAGCUGCAGAGCAUCGACUACUGCUGCGGCUUCUGUGGUGACGGAGCGAACGACUGUGCUGCUCUCAAGGCUGCUGAUGUCGGCAUCUCGCUGUCGGAGGCCGAGGCGUCAGUUGCUGCGCCGUUUACAUCACAGAUCUUUGACAUCCGCUGCGUGCCCGAGGUGAUUCGCGAAGGCCGCGCGUCGCUGGUGACGAGCUUCAGCUGCUUCAAGUAUAUGAGCCUGUACUCAGCGAUCCAGUUCACAUCCGUCAGCUUUUUGUAUGCCUCGGCAUCGAACCUCGGCGAUUUCCAGUUCCUGUUUAUCGACCUGGCCCUCAUUCUGCCGAUUGCGGUCUUUAUGAGCUGGGCCGGACCCUUUCCCGAGCUCGGCAAGAAACGACCAAUGGCUGAUCUUGUUUCCCGCAAGGUGCUGGCGCCGCUGCUCGGCCAGAUGGCAAUCUGCAUUGCCAUCCAAACCGUUACGUUUUUGGUUGUCCGGCAUGAACCGUGGUUUAUCCCGCCAGUCAUCGACCCGGACAAGUCCAACAUCAAGAACUCGGAAAACACAGCGCUGUUCCUUGUGUCGUGCUUUGAGUACAUCCUGUCGGGUGUCGUGCUGAACGCAGGUCCGCCGUUCCGACAGGCCAUUUGGCAGAACUGGCCCUUCGUCGCCACGAUUGCAGUCACGGUGCUCGUUACCGUGCACAUGAUUCUCGGCCCUGCCCACUGGCUGAAGAACUUGAUGGAGCUGACCACCAUCUCGUGGAAUUUCAAGGUCCUCCUGCUGUUCCUGGGCAUCAUGUACUUUGCACUGGCGAUGGCGGCCGAGAAGUGGGUGUUGCCGGCGGCGGCUCGCUCCAUAGGACGGGCCAAGCUGGCAUUGGCCAAGCUGCCCAAAAAGCGCAAGGGGUACAAGCUCAUCCAAGAAAGCAUGCGUGCAUAA